AAAGGCGAGCCAGCGCCGGGCGAUCCUUACCAGUCGGUGGAGCUGAGCGAUCGACCAUCGGCAACAGGAAGGCUAGACGAGCAAGCUAUCCGUCACGUACGCGCGUUCACACUUCACACACGGUAGCAAGCCGGCGAUGGAGAGGAAGCCGAGCAAGCACGCGAGGUCCCGGAGCGGCGCCGGCGCCGCCCUGGCGGCCUUCCUGCGGUCCACCGCGGCAUCCUUCUCCUCCUCCACAACCAACUUCGCCGUCCGCGGGAAGUCGUCCUUCAACCACCGCAACGCCUUCUCGGGCCCCAUGGUCUCCAUCGUGCCGCCCGAGGCGCGCGGCGGCGGGAGGAGGAGGGGCAGUAAGAACCAGGGCGGCAGCGGCAGCGGGUACCGGACGCCCGAGGCCUCGUCGCCCAAGGUCUCCUGCAUCGGCCAGAUCAAGCGGAGCAAGUCCAGCAGCAAGGCCAGGAAGACCAAGAGCCGGAAAGCCGCGAAACCCGCCCCACUGGCGUGCGGGAUGGACGGCGGCGCGUGCCCGCUCCCGCCGCGCCAUCCGCUGCCAGCGACCUCCAGGCCCAGGACCUCGCUCGUGAGGCGGAUGCUCUUCCGCCGCACCAGGUCGCGCUCCUCCUCGUCCUCGUCCUCCACCAAACCCAGCUGCGCAGCUACCCCCGACGGUUUCAAGGGGAGACGGAGCUCCGUGGCCGCGGCGCCCGCGCCAGCGGCGGGUGGCCUGGGCCAGAUGAAGCGGUUCACGAGCGGCCGCGCGGCGCUGCAGGACUUCGACUGGACGACGGAUGACGAUGAGCAGGCGGAGCCGAGGGGCUCCGACGCGGACGCCGACGGGUACGACUCGUACGAGGACGACGGGUUCGUGGCGCACUCGGCGCCGCUGGUGCUCGGCGGCGGGGUGGUGGCGUCCGAGCCCAGGAAGGAGGUCAACCUCUGGCGCCGCCGCCCCAUGUCGCCGCCCACCCCGCUGCAGCUCCCCUCCAAGUAGCUCUAGACUAGAGUGCAACAAACCGGCAUGCGCAUGCAGCCAUGCAGGGUUUGCCGAAUGUGCCUGUUCUUUCAUCGGUUUGUACAGUCAGAAUCUCGUAGGAAUCACUAGUAUAGAUUUGCUUUUGUAAAUGUGUGAUCCUAGUCUUUACUCGAAUGAAUUCAGGAUUUUGUUUUUGGAA